UGUUUCUCGUGCAUCUGUGGUGAACUCCUUGAUAAAUUCCUACAAAUUGUUCGCUGUCGAACCUGCACCUUCUCAUUGUUUUAAGUUCUCUGAUAUUAUGUUAUACCAGAGACUUUGUUUUAAGUUCUCUGGUUAUACGUUCUCUGACAGAAGAGCUUCGCAGAGAAUCAAACCAGAGAACGUAAUAUCUAUUCUCUGAUCAAACAUUUUAUAUUCUCUGGCAGCAUACUGCGCCACCGAAUAACAAAACUAGCAGCGCACACAGAACCAAAACUCAUUUGGUGAAGUGAGCUAUAUCUUAUUAUACAUAAGUAUUAAUGCACGCAAGUAAACGGUGUAAAAAAUAAUAGAAAAAGGCGUUUCUAUUGAGACAAAGCGGGCAUUGCAUAUUAAAUACAAGUGCUUACUAUUUUUCAUCGAGAGUUAAUUGUGAUGAAGAAGUGCUGAGUUGUGGAAGAAAAUAUUCGCAAUGAAAAAAGAAUACGUAGUAGAAGUGCGAUUUAGAAAAAAUUUAAUAAAACAAAAGUCUGUUAAAAUUUCGUUAGUUUACGCGCUUGCAACUACACGCAUUGCGAAAUAAAUCGAAAAAAAUAAGACGCUUAGUUAGAGUAAAGAAGCAAAAACAUAUUGCACAACAUAAAGACCGUCUGGCGAUAGCGACGGAGAGCUGUGACAACGAAGACGUAAAACUUUCGAAACUUUCAAAAAGUAGUUCAAAGCGCAGGUUACAAGAGUGCGGCGAUUACUUUCGCCUAUAUGUGUUUGUAUGUGUGUAUCAGCAGACAGCGUGCAACAUUAGCAAAAUAACUAGCAGAAAAUGAUAGACAGCUACAUACAUUUAAAAGUACACUGAGUCAAACAGCGCAUAACGAUCGUUAACGGUGGUACAACAUCAAAAACUUUGUGAAUUAUGAUUUAGUAAAAAGGAAAGAAAACAAAUCAGUGUAUGCAUCAGGUUCGAAUUAUAAAAAUCUUUUAAAAAGUGAUAUAUAUUUGAUGUAGUGCCCACAAAGCUGAGUCAGCUAUAUUAUUUAUUUAGAAAUAUACACAGAUAAGACAACUAUUCAAAAUAAAUACAAAAACAACUAGAAAAUAAAUCAUAAUAAUGCAAAACAUAGAAACAACAAAAUACCUUAAAUAUAAAUAUCGCCGAGGUACCUUUGUCAAUUCAAAGUAAGUCGACUAAUAUCAAAGCACCACCGACACAUAACCCAACAACUUUAACUGGAAAAGCAAAAACGCAAAAUUUUAAAACGCACACAAAUCGUCUAGUCACAACGGAAGCGCAAUAAUUCACACACACACAUGUGCAUAUACUAACAUUAAUUUUUAGCACGAGCGGUAAUACAUAUGUGUGUAUUGCUUGUGACAAAUUGCGCGAACAAAUUAAUGUUUUUAAAUAAACUCGAUUGAGCGCCAGAAUUAAUGUACGAUAACAAAAACAUAUUUACUGUAAUAAUUUUGAGAUAGCUGAGAGAAGCUUCCAAUAAAUAACCGACAAGCUGGCAUUGGAUACGUCAUUCAAACGCUCGGUGCAGAUUCUAUUCGAUUUGGGGUGCGUCAAGUGUUUUCUUAUCAACAAAAAUUAAAAAAUAAAUGCAUAUAUAGAACAACAAAAACGAUAUUGUGCCUUCCGGCGGAAGUGGAUUUCCUAACAAUCAACAAAUUCUCGGAAGCAAAUACCUGAUACUUAAGACACUCGGUAUACUGAAGGUAAUCCACCACAUCAGAAUUUGUCAAUCUCCAUUAACUAUGCAAGUCGAGUCGAGUUUUUUGAAAUAUGCUGGUCGCGUGCCGCCCCUUGACCUCUCACAGGUCAGCACCAAUUGUCGCAAUGAAAAUGAGUUGCAACAUCUUUGGAGUAGCAAGGCGAACUCUCCGUCGACGCUGAAACGGACAAUAUCAUUAAGACAUCCCUACUUGCAUCUGCCACAUACACCCGCGCACAGUCCUACCACGUCUGGUACCAGUAAUAAUAAUAGCAAAAGCAACAACGAUACCUGCAUCAGUACUAACAACAACUGCAAUAGUAAUUUUAACACAAUCCUACCGUAUCAACUGGGUUCCGACGGCCUGCCAUUAGACCCGCGCGAUUGGACACGCGCUGAUGUUUGGAAAUGGCUAAUUAAUAUGGCCCUGUCGGAGGGUCUAGAAGUGACGCCAGAGCUUCCGCAAAAGUUCCCGAUGAACGGCAAAGCUCUGUGUCUUAUGAGCCUUGACAUGUAUUUAUGCCGGGUGCCGAUUGGUGGUAAAAUGCUUUAUCGUGAUUUUCGUGUGCGAUUGGCGCGUGCCAUGGCGUUGCUGUCAUAGAUUUUCGGUAUUAACACAUAUGAUAUAUAACUUGUGAUUUGUUAUCAGUUAUACACAUCAACCCAUACGCAUGUAUAUACAUAUGCAUAUACAUACAGAAAUAUACAUAUAUGCAAAGAUAAUUAUUUGUAACUAAGCUGACUAUUGGAAAAUAUCGCUGUCCUAUUAGUUUAAUGAGUAUUUAAGGCACAAUUCCUACUUGUAUUUUUAUACCAAGUACUUGUUUUAUAUUUUAUAUAUUGUUAUAUGUCUUAAGUCCGAAAGUAAGUAGUAUUGUUAAUUAGAAAAUUUCAAAGUUAGAAAUAAAAAAACGGAAUAUGAAAUGAUA